AUGCCUUCGAAAUCUGCGAUUUUAAAACAUUUGAAGAAGAUGGCUCACAGGACUCUUCAUUCUCCUAAGAAGUCUACUAGUUUUCAGAUCACUCGUUCUCCAAUCAAUCAAGGUGAUUCAUCGGGAGCAUCUAGACCUGAGAAGACUACUGUCAUACCACCCAGAGUGUCGAAUACCGAAUCUGUUACUAAAGAGGUUCGCAAUUCAAAAAUCCGUGUGAACAUAUCUUAUAUGGACACAAAUGUCAGCAUGGGUGAACCAGUGCUCAACAACGAAGCUAAAUAACUACAAGACUUGAGAGUUGUGGGGAAAGAAAAACAUCUUUUAUAUGUUCAAGAAGUUAACAAGGUACGAGAGGAUGUAAAUCUAAAACUGGAGGAGUCGAGGUUAUAUAUGGCGAAGGUUCAUAAAAUAGCGGAGAUUGAUACAGAAAGUUUUUCUAAGGUUGAAGAUUUGUUGCUUAGCCUUAAGGAUUUAGUAUCGAAGAGCGGUUCAUCAUCUUCAUUUCUUACUUUUGAUUCUUUAUCUCAACAGUUUCAUGCUUUGGAGUCCACCCUCAAAGCUAGAUUGGCUCUAUUCGCAUGUUUAUUGAAUUUCAUGCCAACGACUACCCCACCUAUUCAAACAGGGGUGCAAGGGGGAGAGGGUAUUGGUGUUGGCAUUGGGGGAAGUUCGAAGGCUACAAUGGGGGCAUUGGAUCUUUGA